AUGGAGAGCGUUCUUCCAGUGAAGCUGUCGGUGUUGGCUCUGGUUCUGCUGGUGUUCAGUACGUGUGAGGCCCAACAGCCCCUCUUUCCACCUUUUAGGCCGCAUCCAAGACCUACAGUCAGGCCAGUUCCUAUCUUCACCACAGCCUCCACAACAAAGCCAACCUCAAGACCCACCACAAAAAGUCUGACCUACACCACAACCUCCGCCAAAACCUCUACUACAACCUCAACUUCCACCACAAUCCCUACUACAACCUCCACAGAAACAUCAACCACAAGCCCCACCACAACCUCCACUAAAACCGCGACCUCAAGUCCCAUUGCAAACUCUUUAACCUCAAGCUCCACCUUCUCCUCAACCACAAGACCCAGCACAAUCUCCACCUCAAGCCCCCCCACCACCUCCACCACAAGACCCAGCACAGCCCCCCCACCACAAGACCCAGCACAACCUCCACCUCAAGCCCCCCCACCACCUCCACCACAAGACCCAGAAGACCCAGCACCUCAAGCCCCCCCACCACCUCCACCACAAGACCCAGCACAACCUCCACCUCAAGCCCCCCCACCACCUCCACCACAAGACCCAGCACAACCUCCACCUCAAGCCCCCCCACCACCUCCACCACAAGACCCAGCACAACCUCCACCUCAAGCCCCCCCACCACCUCCACCACAAGACCCAGCACAACCUCCACCUCAAGCCCCCCCACCACCUCCACCACAAGACCCAGCACAACCUCCACCUCAAGCCCUCCCACCACCUCCACCACAAGACCCAGCACAACCUCCACCUCAAGCCCUCCCACCACCUCCACCACAAGACCCAGCACAACCUCCACCUCAAGCCCUCCCACCACCUCCACCACAAGACCCAGCACAACCUCCACCUCAAGCCCCCCCACCACCUCCACCACAAGACCCAGCACAACCUCCACCUCAAGCCCUCCCACCACCUCCACCACAAGACCCAGCACAACCUCCACCUCAAGCCCCCCCACCACCUCCACCACAAGACCCAGCACAACCUCCACCUCAAGCCCUCCCACCACCUCCACCACAAGACCCAGCACAACCUCCACCUCAAGCCCCCCCACCACCUCCACCACAAGACCCAGCACAACCUCCACCUCAAGCCCUCCCACCACCUCCACCACAAGACCCAGCACAACCUCCACCUCAAGCCCCCCCACCACCUCCACCACAAGACCCAGCACAACCUCCACCUCAAGCCCUCCCACCACCUCCACCACAAGACCCAGCACAACCUCCACCUCAAGCCCCCCCACCACCUCCACCACAAGACCCAGCACAACCUCCACCUCAAGCCCUCCCACCACCUCCACCACAAGACCCAGCACAACCUCCACCUCAAGCCCCCCCACCACCUCCACCACAAGACCCAGCACAACCUCCACCUCAAGCCCUCCCACCACCUCCACCACAAGACCCAGCACAACCUCCACCUCAAGCCCCCCCACCACCUCCACCACAAGACCCAGCACAACCUCCACCUCAAGCCCUCCCACCACCUCCACCACAAGACCCAGCACAACCUCCACCUCAAGCCCCCCCACCACCUCCACCACAAGACCCAGCACAACCUCCACCUCAAGCCCUCCCACCACCUCCACCACAAGACCCAGCACAACCUCCACCUCAAGCCCCCCCACCACCUCCACCACAAGACCCAGCACAACCUCCACCUCAAGCCCUCCCACCACCUCCACCACAAGACCCAGCACAACCUCCACCUCAAGCCCCCCCACCACCUCCACCACAAGACCCAGCACAACCUCCACCUCAAGCCCUCCCACCACCUCCACCACAAGACCCAGCACAACCUCCACCUCAAGCCCCCCCACCACCUCCACCACAAGACCCAGCACAACCUCCACCUCAAGCCCUCCCACCACCUCCACCACAAGACCCAGCACAACCUCCACCUCAAGCCCCCCCACCACCUCCACCACAAGACCCAGCACAACCUCCACCUCAAGCCCUCCCACCACCUCCACCACAAGACCCAGCACAACCUCCACCUCAAGCCCCCCCACCACCUCCACCACAAGACCCAGCACAACCUCCACCUCAAGCCCUCCCACCACCUCCACCACAAGACCCAGCACAACCUCCACCUCACAAACCCCCCCACAAACCUCCCCACAAACCUCACCCUAUCUUCCACGAUUAA